GGAGAAGGAAGCUUUAAGUACCAUUUUGCCAUGUUUCAUUUGAUGUCAAAUUGAUUGUUUAGUUUUUGCCUGCAAGAGACUCCACCUCCUUUGAAAAGUCCCUUUAAGCCCUGCAGAGAAUUUAUCCCAGCACAGCUCCUGCCUCACCCUUAACAGUUACACCGGCAAAGAAAACCAAAUGUCCUCAGUCCCGCUGAAGAGGAUCAAAUACAUGGUGCCUUGGAAAACCACUGCCCUCAAAAAGAAGGAUUUCCACUUGGAUUGAAGUUUUUUUCUGGCUUGAUAUUUCCUUUUACGUUUUCUUGGCCCUACAGAUAAUCUAAAGGAAGCGAGUUGUUCUCUAGUUUUUGCUCCUCAAGCAUAGGUUAAAAUGCCAGGCAAGGAAGAGUCCCUCGGUACCACUCAUCUCCUGAAACUACAUUGCAUCAUUUGGAAAACAGGACGAGAGGACAUGAGACAUCUCAUCCCAAUGUCUUUUUAACGGCACUUAGGUCAUAUGCAUGGGGGUUCAUAACUGCAAGAAAAUGAGCAGAUGCCAGAAGAUUUCAUUAUAUGCUUAGCUGAAGAAAAAAAAACAUGAGCACAUUUUCCAUUUUAAACGCUAGCAACAUGUCACAAGCUGAGUCCCUUGAGGACAGCAGCAAUUGGACAGCAGUAACCCAGUUUACCCAGCCGGGCUGGCGAAUUGCUCUGUGGGCUAUCACCUAUUCCUUCAUUGUUAUCACAUCCAUCGUUGGCAACAUCACCAUCAUCUGGAUUAUUCUUGCACACAGGAGAAUGAGGACCGCUACCAAUUACUUUAUCGUUAAUUUGGCUCUUUCGGAUUUGCUGAUGUCCACUUUCAAUACCAUCUUCAACUUUAUUUACGCCAGUCACAACGUCUGGUAUUUUGGUGAGGAAUUCUGCAGGUUUCAGAACUGGUUUCCCAUCACCGCAAUGUUUGUGAGCAUUUAUUCCAUGACAGCCGUGGCUGCAGAGAGGUACAUGGCGAUAAUUCAUCCCUUCAAGCCCAGGCUCUCUGCGGGAAGCACCAGAGUCAUCAUAGGGAUAAUCUGGCUGGUGGCAUUUGGGCUUGCCUUCCCACAGUGCUUCUAUGCUGAAAUCAUGAUGGACAACGGAACGACAAAAUGCAUUGUUGUCUGGCCUGAUGAUGUCGGCUCAAAGCACCAGCUCACGUAUCACAUUGCAGUGAUCGUGCUGAUUUAUUUACUGCCUUUACUGGUGAUGUUUGUUGCAUACAGCAUUAUAGGAAUUACUCUGUGGAGCAGUGCUGUUCCAGGCAACCACCUUAACAGAGCCCGCUACGAACACCAAGUUAAUGCCAAAAAAAAGUUUGUGAAGACCAUGGUGGUAGUUGUGAUCAUCUUUGCUGUCUGCUGGCUGCCCUAUCACAUAUACUUCAUCCUGGGAAGCUUCAAGGAAGACAUCUACCAGCAAAAAUACAUUCAACAGGUUUAUCUUGCAGUCUUUCUCCUUGCCAUGAGUUCAACAAUGUACAACCCCAUCAUAUACUGCUGUCUUAACCAAAGGUUUCGUUCUGGCUUCAAAUUAGCCUUCCGGUGGUGUCCAUGCAUAAAAGCAACUGAGAAAGACAAACUCAAACUCACAUCCCCAUCUCUUUACCAGACAACCCACAGGAAGUCAAGAACAACAAGUUUUGAUACAGAAACUCAACUGAAUGAGAAGACAUCAUUUACCCCCACCCAGCUAUCACUCUGAUUUUCUCCUCCUGUUUCUAGCUCUAUCCUAAUUCAGAAUUCCAAGGCAGCAGAUUUGUAGAAGCCUGAGACUGGUCUUUUUUUCUGGAGCAAGUGUUUCUGUCAGGAUGUUUGUAUAUGCCGUCAGCAUUGAAAGCAGCCUACUGAUAAUACUUACAUCCACGUGGGCCCAAAUAUCACCCAGCUAUGCAUACAGGUUCAGCUCUCUCCUACACCAACAACUGUGAUACAGAACACAGAGAGCUUGCCCAUGAGGUCAAAAGAAGCAGCAAAGCAGACCUGAGGCACUGCCAAUCACUAGAAUUAUCAAUUGUUCUCUUCCAGAUAGCAACCUUCUUUCUGUUCCACCAAGACACUUAAAUCUGGAAAAAGGGUGAUGAAGCAGAAAGGCUGGGGCACAUUUAGCCCAGUUUGGAUGAACUCUUGGGGCUACGUGUGCAGCUAAGUCCCAUGGCCCAGCAGCCCCAUGGUGGACAUGACGGUAGAGCAAAGAACAAAGGCAAACACUAACACAUCCGGACUGAAAAGCCUGCCCUGAACAUUUUCUGAAUUCUGAGCCUCAUGCCUGCAAUUUCAUCAGCACUGUCCCACAUCAGUUACAAGUGACAGUUACUGAAGAUGUCUUCGUUGGAUGCAUUUCUAUUACCUCGUACCAAAAUGUCAUUUUCCUAUUAAACUGUGCCCAAGUGAUUUCUCCAACUUCACAUUGUUAAUUGUUGUGCCUAAUUUGGAAAGUGAGAGUCUCUGAAGGGUCAAGUAGCCUGGUGUGUGAUGCUAACUGGCUUGGUCAGGGCUCGUGGGUUACAAUCUGGAUCCGCCUCCUUUAUCUCCUCUUAGUCCUAACAGCAGUCUCCCCAUUUCUGUCCCUUCCCAGAUAGUCCCCUUCCUCUUCACUUUCCAGACUUACCCCAUAUUUAUCAUCACUGUUCUUCUCUUUUCAGAUAUGGAAAUAAAGGCUGAAAUACCAUCUUCAAAGCCUGAGGUAUUAUGUGCAGGCAUGCAAAUCAAGAGAAGCUGCAAUAUAAACAUUUAUAUAGAAGUAAUACAGCAUUUAAUACUGGUGCGAUAAUUAGCACUUCAGAAUAACCUUCACCUUUCAUGACAAGUUUUUAUAUACUAUCACAGAGACAUACAUUAGCAUACAGAAAGCUCCUACAAUGUCAGUAAGAUACAGUUAUUUAAAGUAUUUCACCUUGCUCUGUGAAAGCAAAACUACAAAGGAUUAAAUUCUGCAGUAAAUUCAGAAAAAGGAUUGUGGCCUGAACUGCAAGAGUACUCAGGGACAUGACUUUACUUCUCCACUUAACCUGCCUCACAUCCCUGGCUGCUGUGGAGAACAAGUAUAUCACAAACUUGCCUCGCUAAUGGGAGAACAGAGCACAGGGCUGUAUGCCCUUCUUAGAGAGUUCAUUAUUUUAAAUCAUUCCAGCAGGUAGCGUCUAAUCUAGAUGUUAUCUGCCCAG